AUGAAUUCAUACGCUGCAAGACUUGCCUCAUUCACGUCAUGGCCACACGUAUGUCCAAGUGCCUCUACCGUAGCCCGUGCUGGCUUUCAUCGAGAAUACGACCCUACUUUUCCAUCUCCGGAUCUCACUGUAUGCUCACUAUGCGGUCUUGAUCCCUGUGACUGGGACAGUGACGGUAGUCCAUUCGAUUUCCACGCUACUCGAUCACCGGAGUGUCCAUUCGUACGUGCAAUACAGCAGAAGAAGAAGCACCGGAAUCAAAAGACUCGCCAGCAAUAUAAGAGGUCUCUACAAGCCGUCCAGCCAGCUAUCCAGCCAGCCACUCAGCCAAUCACUCAGCCAGCUCACCAAUCCACUCAAUUAGCCACUCAGCCAGAGCACUCAGUUGAGCAAGAGGAGGAACUACAACAGGCAAAUGCGGAGAACACGGCGGAGAAAGCAAGCGGCAGCAAGGCCAUCAGCACCAAGAACACGGCUCAGCUCUCUACGAUCCCACGUCAAGUCAUCACUCAGCAAGCGGAGAACACCACUGCAACUUGGCCUAUCAUCCCCACUGCAUUGAUAUGGUACAUCACUGCAAUGACGAAACAAGAGAAGGAUCUACUGCGACGAUCACAGCCAAUUGGGCCACUGCAGGAGGACAUCGGACGAUGCAUAUUUGGACGAAUUAAAACCGUCUGA